AUGGAAUCGGGGUCUUCGUCGCUGAUUGAAGCUGCACCUCGUGAGACAACAGCUUGGCCAGCUCGCACCGCAUACUUCCCAGGGCCGUCUUGGACUACAGCCGUGAACGAGCAGGAGUGCGGGGACUGCGGACAGAAGCCUUUUGUACGCCACAGGGACUCUUAUGUACUCCCCUUCAGCCCUGAAAAUGCACCCAGCGAGUUCCAGCUCUACAUUGAACGCGUGCUUGGCCAUACCUUGGGCGAUGAAGUCACAGCUCACAUUGACAACAUCCUCAUUCACUCCUUGGACCGCGCAAAGUUCGCGAACCAUUUUCAGGACCACGCCUUGGGCCUUGCAUAUGCGGCGCAGCCCCUCCAGCCUUGGCAGUGGACGUCGACAACCAGAACAGACCCCUGCGAAUUCACAACCAACGCGAGCCUCUUUGCUAUUGGCGCCAUCUUAUCACAAAGCAGUCACGUCACCACCAUCAUCUCCCGGUCCUUGACAAAAGAGGAAAGGAAUUACGACGCAGCUGAACGAGAGCUGCUUGGAGUUGUAUAUGCAUUAUAUUGUUUUACCCUAGUUGAUGCCCAACAGUCUCAGCUGCAGCAGGCCGCUUUUGGCAGUAAACCUCCGUUGAGCCCAGCCAUGCCUCGCUACAGCGCAGCCUUGGAUAUCUGCAACCUUGAUAGACCUGCAAAACACUCUCCUCCAAGUAUGAGCCAACAACAGAUUCCGAGGGCCCACCCUAGAGAGAUCCAGGAUAGCGAUGUCCUAGCGGCCAUUGUCAGCUUUGUCGAGCGCAACCGCCAACAGAUCUGGCAGCAUACUGGCAGGAAAGGCGGCUGGGAAGGCUGGCUGCAGGCCGAGCUGGCCAACUUCAUUCCUCAAUCGAGUCCCUACUUCGUUGAAAGAGAACAAGCCGUGUACCAAGACACAAGCUAA